UUUGAUAUGAUUCCGGAAACAUAGAUUUUUCUCUCCUACCCCAGUAAAGUUACCUAGACUGGAAGAGGCAGAAAAAAAUGGAGAUGGACGAUGAUUCUAGAAGCAUGUUUGCGUUUGAUGGCAAUUCAAACGCCAGUUUAACCAAUUUAUUGUUACCCGUGUACCAACAAGACAAGAUUACCAAUAUUCAGGACUAUCUUGAUGUGAGUAUCGACUUGAACAAUUGUUUCGACGAUGACCUACACGCUUCAGAGAAAAGCGUAACUUCCCCACAGAACUUGCCAGCACACACCGAUAGUACCGAUCAAGACAUUGAAAAUGAAGGGUACAUCCACCACACCAUUUCCGCCAAUGAAAUUUGCAUGCAAAUCAAUCCAGGUUCUUCAAACUGUAUGCCCAGUCAACCCAGUCAUGCAACACUGACCAUUGAAUCCAUCAAUUCAGAAACAGACGAAAGGACCAAGACACGGUUUCGAUGCAGGUUUGAAGGAUGCAAACGAACAUACAGCUCUGCUGGAAACUUGAAAGCACACACCAAAAGUCAUACAGGGGAGUAUACAUUUAAAUGUACUGAAGAAGAAUGUGGAAAGGCAUUUCUCAACUCCCACAGCCUAAAGAUUCAUGUCAGAGUACACACCAAAGAUCGUCCCUAUGGCUGUGACAUGGGAGGAUGUGACAAGAACUUCAACACACUCUACCGUUUGAAAGCUCAUCAGAGGGUACACAAUGGCACCACCUUUAAAUGUGAACAAUCUGGAUGUGUGAAAUUCUUCACCACCCUCAGUGACCUACGGAAACACGAACGUGUCCAUUCGGGAGACCGGCCAUUCAAAUGCGAGCACGAAGAUUGCAACAAGUCAUUUCGCAAUAGCCAUCAUCUGAAAUCGCACAUGUUAUCUCAUACGGGUGAACGACCCUACACAUGCAGUGAUUCUGCAUGUGGACGAACCUUCGCCAAGCGUAAUUCGUGGAAGUUGCAUCUAUUGAAGCAUGAAAAAUUGGCCACCCAAAAUGGCGAUAUGAAUUCAUGUGACGAAACAAUUGGCCGUCAAGUGCUCAACUCUGUUAAUCCUGAUGAGAUACGGCUGACGACUGUUCCUUCUCUUGAUGGAGUUCAAGCCUAUGCCGUAAUUCCGCUGAGUGCUGAAAGUGUCAACCGGAUGACCCAGCGUAGUGGAAUGAGUCUUGAACAGCUCCUGACGGAUCGCAAUUUGGCAUUACAACCGUCGGAUACCAUCGACCCGUUGGCCGACUGUCCGUCUUCUUUAGAUAUUGAAGAUAAUUCGCAAUCAAUGCAAGGGAAAGCUACUGAUGAUGAAUCAGCGGAGAUAAAUGACGUGGACCAAUCGGAAACGAUAUCGGCAGCCUUCACCGGGGCUCUUCCCGACCACGGGAACCAACACAAUUCUCAAAUGGACCAAUCAGAGGAGUUGAUGGACGAGGAGGAUCGAGAUCGAUUGCUAAAGGAUGUGGCCGCUGCUGUAGACAUUUGUCGUUGCAAUCCGUGCCGCUGUGAUCCUUUGCUCAACGAUUGCUCAGUUUCUUGCAACCCAGUAGUCGAUUCGUUGACAGAAGAUUCCAAUCAACCGAGAGCAACCGCCGGAAAAGGUUGCGGCUGUGGAUGUGGCAAAAAGUCUACGACGACAAACGAACCGAUGGCCAGCAAAUCAGCGAGUCGAAUGACGGGAUGCGGCUGCAAUUGUGAAGGUAGUGCACCCCCGGCAAGUCAUGGAGACGUAAACUCUGUCCAGCAUUUGGCAUCCAUGCCUUCUUGUCAUCCGCCGGAAGCAUUGCCUUGCUCCCAGUCAACAGAUCCGGAUCCUUGCUGCAUCGUCGUCUGCCUCAAACAUCUCAAACGGCAAUAUCUAAUGGAUCGACCCAAAUGCUGUGCUUAAUCCUCAAUAUUUGUUGGCUGUGUAAACCUGGUAAUUUAAGAAAAAUCAAGUCAUGCUUUUUUAUUAAUAAAAUUAUCUGUUGCUAUCCUCACAAUUUUCCUCCCCUUGUUAACACAUUCAUUUCUGUUUGGUGUCGGGUCCUCUUUUAUUUUGUAAUCGAUGUUACUUCCCUUACGAUCACUACAUGAUGUUUCCAAAUUGGCACCGACUUUUGAUUUCUCUUUUCAGACCAGGUGUAUGUGUGUUAGAUUGUGUAUUGUCUCUUUCUCUCUUACAGAACAGUUGCGUGUAAUAGCAUACCCUUAAUGCAAAAUUAACUGUCAUUGAUUGGAGGAGGAGCUACAUAAACGGUAUUAAAACACAA